AUGUCCGUCUCAGGCAAAGCAACAGCCGCGUCUAAUGCACAGGCCUAUCAUGAAUUUGACCAUGAGCCUGUUACCUCCGCCCUACCCAAUGGUGACGUCCCUGAGUUCGAUGACUCGAUGGACGCCGACGAGCGGGUUAUCACCGCGCUUGGGUACAAACAGGAAUUCAAGCGGGAGUUCUCGCUAUGGACGACCUUCUGCGUCAGCUUCGCGGUGCUAGGGCUUCUCCCGUCGUUUGCAAGCACAAUGACAUAUGGUAUGGGAUAUGCAGGGACAGCUGGAAUGGUCUGGGGCUGGAUUAUAGCCAUGAUAUUUAUUCAAUGCGUGGCAAUGUCUAUGGCAGAGCUAUGUUCCGCCAUGCCCACGAGCGGAGGGUUGUACUAUGCCGCUGCGGUGCUUGCGCCUCCAGGGUACGGUCCCUUUGCGGCUUGGAUUACAGGAUGGUCCAACUGGAUCGGUCAGAUUACUGCAGCUCCAUCUGUGGACUACGCUUUGGCCGCAAUGAUCCUUGCUGCAGGAUCCAUCCAGAAUCCAGAGUACACUCCUACACAAUGGCAAACCUAUCUCUUGACCACACUCAUCAUGAUAGUGCACAGUGCAAUCAGCAGUAUGCCAACAAAAUGGGUGGCGGUGUUUAACUCCUGGGGCUCGACUUUCAACAUGCUUGCACUAGUCGCUGUCAUCAUCGCCAUUCCUGCUGGGACUACGAACUCGCCUAAAUUCACGCCAUCCAAAGAGGUUUGGGGAAAUAUCACCAACAUGACGGACUAUCCUGAUGGAGUUGCCGUGCUAAUGACGUUUGUCGCGGUUAUCUGGACCAUGUCCGGCUACGACUCUCCGUUUCAUCUGAGUGAGGAGUGUUCCAAUGCGAAUAUUGCCUCCCCAAGGGCCAUCGUUAUUACCUCCGGAGUAGGGGGCCUCAUGGGUUGGUUUCUACAGCUCGUCGUCGCCUACACCGUGCUAGACAUUGAUGCAGUGCUCAACUCGGACCUUGGGCAGCCUUGGGCGUCCUAUCUCUUCCAGGUUAUGUCCCGCAAAGGUGCGCUUGCCAUCCUUGCACUCACCAUUAUCUGCGGGUUUUCGAUGGGCCAAGGAUGCAUGGUAGCUGCAUCUCGAGUCACAUACGCCUACGCUCGCGACGACUGUUUCCCUUUCUCGAGAUUCUGGAAGCGCAUCAACAACACCACUCAGACCCCGGUUAAUGCAGUCGUCCUAAACUCCAUCCUCGGGAUCCUGAUGUGUCUUCUACUAUUCGCCGGUGACGUCGCCAUAGGUGCUCUGUUCUCCAUUGGGGCCAUUGCACAGUUCGUCGCCUUUACCAUCCCCAUUACUAUCCGCGUUUUCUUCGUCGGUGACCGUUUCCGCAGAGGGCCAUGGCAUCUAGGUCCUUUCGGACCCUGGAUAGGAGGUCUUGGUGUUGGCUUCGUCUUGCUGAUGGUGCCUAUCCUCUGCCUUCCCGCUGACACUGGCUCCAAUCUUACCCCUGACCUGAUGAACUGGACUUGUUUGGUCUGGGGAGGACCGAUGCUCGCAGUGACCAUUUGGUGGGUGGUCGAUGCACACAAAUGGUUCAAGGGUCCCAAGGUCAACCUGGAGCAUGUUAUCCAUGGCAAUGUGAUCAACGGCAUAGAAGGAAGCCAGGAGCAGACGGCUGCUGUGGUGCUCGAUGCAGAUGCGUCGGCGGAUGUUUCGCCUCGGUCAUCGCCAAAGCUUUAG